ACAGCCAGUUGGCAGAAAACAAGCCGAGAUGAUGCUGGAGAACUGGGCAUCUUUGAGUCGAUUCAGAGUGUGAAUGAAUGCGUUUUUCCAAUAAGGAUAACAUUUUGAACAUCUGUGCUACACUGACGUAUUAUCAAAAUGAUGGAGGAAAUUGACAGAUUUCAAGUGCCACCGGUUAAUCCAGAGAUGAAGCUGCUGGACCCUGCGGCGACAUCCACAUUGGAGGCUGAUUCAAGCACGAGGGAACCGGAGUCAGUCGCUAUCAACUACAAGCCCACCCCACUACAAGUAAAAAUAGAGAAACAUAGAGAGCUGGCAAGGAAGGGGUCGGUGAAGAACGGAACUGUGGCUAUCCCAGUCAAUCAGCAACCCAAGAAAAAUAACGUCAUGGCCAGAACAAGGCUGGUUGUCCCUAAUAAAGGCUAUUCAUCCUUAGACCAGAGUCCAGAUGAGAAGCCUCUUGUAGCAGUGGACACAGACAGUGACGAUGACUUUGAUAUGUCCAGAUAUUCAUCAUCUGGAUAUUCCUCAGCCGAGGUGAGAUCUCUGAGGGACCAGCAAAUAAACCAAGACUUAAACAUCCAGCUGCUGAAAGACGGCUACCGAUUGGACGAAAUCCCAGAUGACGAAGAUCUGGACCUCAUUCCACCCAAAUCUGUCAACCCCACUUGUAUUUGUUGCCAAGCCACUUCCUCCACAGCCUGUCAAAUCCAGUAACCCCUCUUUCCCCUUGAACUCCUCCCACCCUAUUUAAUCCUGUGAGUUAAGCUCACAGUUAGUACUCUCAGCAUAGAUUAACUACUAAAUAACUUAAAUAAACACAAUAGAAUGGGUGUUACAGUUAAUAUAAAAUAGGGAGAAAAUUGUGAAUAAAAAUGCACACAGAAAAUGUUACUUUCAUUGGUUCCUCCUAUGGUAGGAUGUGAGUCUUUGUAUCAUCACUAGAGUGGGCUAGACUUAGGUGUGUAUAGAUGCAUUGAGGUUUGCAUGAAUGCACGGUGCAAAAAAAAAAAAAAAAAAAGGAAGCAGCUGCUAAAAUAUCUUUUAAAAUGGAACAAGAAAACAUUUGAUACUACAGAUUCGUCAAUACCGUACUUUAAGAUCCACCUUUGUUUAGCUUAUGCUUUCUGUUGUUAUUGCGGACACAUUUUUUUCAUUUUCAAAUAAAAGCGAUUGCAGAGUGACGAGGAGAAUGUGGAUCAUUUUGAUUUCUCCAUAUUUUCAAAUGGAUGUAUUAUUAUCAUAUGAGUAGCUCUGUUGCAAACACUAAUAAAAGGGCAUACUCUUGAAAUAUCCAUACAUAAAACAUCUGCUAAGAUACUUACAGCAUAUAUAAUUGUCUUGUCAGGGAAUGUCAUUAAAUAUUAUUAUAUAUUUUUUUACGUUGUUGCUUGUUUUUUGUUGGCUUACACAAUGAACACCAAGCCGCAAUGGUUAUACAUAAAUAAUAAAAUGAGACAUUUCUGAAAGCUUUUUAAUUAGAAUUGUUGUAAUGUAUUAGAAAGGGAAAAAGGCUUGCUUUGAUUACUUAAAGAUUAGUAAUAAAAGGUGCUAUAAGAUACCAUACAUCUCCCAUAGACCCCUGGUAUUAAGAUCACAAGUAUGAACCGAUCACAAGUGGUCAGCACUAAAUACAGGUCUAAACGGGGUAUAAAAUAUUUUGUGAUCAGAUCACAAAAACCACACACGAAGGUAGUCAAUAACGCAUGUGACCGUAGUCAAAAAUGCAUGUGACCAAAUCGCAUUUGAGGUGUAAACGCUAAUCCGUCCUGAAUGUGUCCCAGACAGCAGUGAAGCACCACCCCUCACCUGUCAAUCAACUGCUGUGCUUAAACAAGAGUUUAAACUUCCGGUUAUGAGUGGCUUUAAAAGAAAGUAACCGUCAUAUCGUAAAAUAAAAAAAAAGCGAUACAUACAAUCACGAGAACUUAAAUGUGCUGUAAGUGAUUUUAGCAUUCCGAAGCUUUCACGUGAUUGAGCAGUUGAAUUAGCCACGGACCCACAUUCCAAAACUCCGCCCUCCAAAGAUAAUUUUGUGACCAAAACCAAGCAAAAGAGCUGCAUUGUUUGUUUCUGUGGCUGUCAAAUUCAACAGUGGCACAAUAGCGCCCUCAACUAACAAACAUUAUGAAUCAUAGCCUCAAUGAUCCGCUUCAAAUUCAACACAAUGAGAACGAGCAAAAAUGACUGACAGGUGAAAAGCGUCAAUGUCCAAGGUCCGCAGAUACAUUUCUGUUUGCUGUUUACAAAGUCUAACACGCUGACAUAGUGAUUGAUGUACAGUUGAAGUCAGAAGUUUACAUACACCUUAGCCAAAUACAAUUAAACUCAGUUUUUCACAAUUCCUUACAUUUAAUCGUAGAAAACAUUCCCUGUCUUAGGUCAGUUAGGAUCACUAUUUUAUUUUAAGAAUGUGAAAUGUCAGAAUAAUAGUAGAGAGAAUGAUUUAUUUAAAUUCUUCUUUCUUUCAUCACUUUCCCAGUGGGUCAGAUGUUUACAUACACUUUACUAGUAUUUGGUAGCUUUGGCUUGAAAUUUUUUAACUUGGGUCAAAUGUUUUGGGUAGCCUUCCACAAGCUUCUCACAAUGAGUUGCUGGAAUUUUGGCCCAUUCUUCCAGACAGAACUGGUGUAACUGAAUCAGGUUUGUAGGCCUCCUUGCUCGCACAUGCUUUUUCAGUUCUGUCCACAAAUUUUCUAUCGUAUCGAGGUCAGGGCUUUGUGAUGGCCACUCCAAUACCUUGACUUUGUUUUCCUUAAACUAUUUUGCCACAAAUUUUGAGGUAUACUUGGGUCAUUGGCCAUUUGGAAGACCCAUUUGCGACCGAGCUUUAACUUCCUGGCUGAUGUCUUGAGAUGUUACUUCAAUAUAUCCACAUAAUUUUCCUUCCCCGUGAUGCCAUCUAUUUUGUGAAGUGCACCAGUCCCUCCUGCAGCAAAGUACUCCACAACAUGAUGCUGCCACCCCCAUGCUUCACGGUUGGGAUGGUGAUCUUCGGCUUGCAAGCCUCACCCUUUUUCCUCCAAACAUAAUGAUGGUCAUUAUGGCUAAACAGUUAAAUUAGACCAGAUGACAUUUCUCGAAAAAGUAAGAUCUUUGUCCUCAUGUGCACUGUAGUCUGGCUUUUUUAUGGUGGUUUUGGAGCAUUGGCGUCAUCUUUGCUGAGCAGCCUUUCAGGUUAUGUCGAUAUAGGACUCGUUUUACUGUGGAUAUAGAUUCGUGUCAAACUGUUUCCUCCAGCAUCUUCACAAGGUCCUUUGCUGUUGUUCUGGGAUUGAUUUGCACUUUUUGCACCAAACUACAUUCAUCUCUAGGAGACAGAAUGCGUCUCCUUCCUGAGCGGUAUGAUGGCUGCAUGGUCCCAUGGUGUUUAUACUUGUCUACUAUUGAGCGUGAUGAACGUGGUACUUUCAGGCAUUUGGAAAUUGCUCCCAAGGAUGAACCAGAUUUGUGGAGGUCCACAAUUUUUUUCCUGAGGUCUUGGCUGAUUUAUUUUGAUUUUCCUAUGAUGUCAAGCAAAGAGGCACUAAGUUUGAAGGUAGGCCUUAAAAUACAUCCACAGGCACACCUCCAGUUCAGUACACCUCCUAUCAGAAGCUAAUUGGCUAAUUGUCUAAAGGCUUGACAUCAUUUUCUAGAAUUUUCCAAGCUGCUUAAAGGCACAGUUAACUUGGUGUAGGUACUGUACCCUUCUGACCCACUGGAAUUAUGAUAUAGUCAAUUAAAAGUGAAACAAUCUGUCUGUAAACAAUUGUUGGAAAAAUUACUUAUGUCAUGCACAAAGUAGAUGUCCUAAACGACUUGCCAAAACUAUAGUUUGGUAAUAUUAAAUCUGUGGAGUGGUUAAAAAAUGAAUUUUAAUGACUUCAACCUAAGCGUAUGUAAAUUUCUGACUUCAACUGUAUGUCGCUAUGAAAUCAGAGAACCUCCCCUCGAAAUCCGAAUAGAUGUGGUCACAGUAGACUCAUUUAAGGUGUAAACAGCAAUGUGUCUCGCCUGACCAAGUGAUCGGAUCACCCCAGGAAGCAUCUUAAUAGCAAGUGUAAACGGGGUCAUAAUCUCAAAAUCAUUAAGUGGAGAGAAAUGCUACAGAUUUUGUUUAACACUAUCUGAUUUGUGCCAAAAUGCAUAAAAUGCAUUGUUUCUUUAUUUUGAAAGAGGGAUUGGAUGAGGUAAGCUUACGGCCAGCAUUUAUAAGUGACGUUAGAAGUCAAUUUUACACAAGUUCAGUUUGCUCUUUAAUGUUUUCACCUUUACAGUUACUUUAAAAUGCACUACCAUUCUGCCAGACAAUAGGAUACUCUGUUUGUUCACUUGCUGCUCUUAUUUGAUGGAUUUUUUUAAGAAACUCCUCAAACACACUUAUUUUAGUUGCUUUGAGUCAAUGGCCAAAUCACUAAAAUGUCUUUUAAGCACCUGUUCUUGUGUGUGCAACAGUGAGUGCUGUUUUCCAUUGUUUUUGUGUCCUCUCUCAUGCAAUUUUGAAAUUUAUUUUGUAAAGCUUUCAGAGCACCUGUUUGUCUAAUGUGCAAGUCGCCACCUCAUUGCCACUUCCAGUUGUAAUUAUAUGCCCCUUACACAAGUACCUACACUAGUAAUGCUCCAGUUUUCAUUUGAUGUACUACAUUAAGAGAAUGAAUGAAAGGGAAAUCAUAAUGAAAUAAUAUAAUAAUAUAAUAUUUAUGUUUUUUAAAAAGCAAGAUUUGAAAUGACACUAACCAGGGAAACGUUGUCUUUAUAUAGGUCUUUACUGAAUGCAGAACACAACAAUGUUGAAGGGAUAGUAUAUCCAAAAAUGAUUUACUCAACCUUCAUGUUGUUCUAAACCUGUAUGACUUUCUUUCCUCCAUGGAACACAAAAGGAGAUGUUAGCCAGAAUCGUUAGCCUCAGAUACCAUUCACUUUCAUUGUAUCUUUUAUCCUUGUAUUGAAAGUGAAUGGUGACUGAGGGUAACAUUCUGCCUAACAUCUUUUGUGUUCCAUGGAAGAAAGUAAGUCAUAUGAGCUUAGAACAACAUGUGUGUGAGUAAACAGUAAAAUCAUUUUUAUUUCUGUUUGAACUAUCUCUUUAACUAUCUGUGACGUUUUCAUUGCUGUAUUGAUAUUGCCAUAGAUCUUAUUGUAGCAAUAGAUAACCAAUGCCUGUUCUAUAAGCUCAUCACAUCGAUAUGAAAGUGGAGAAUUUGAAAGCAAGUUCUCUAAUGCCUCUUACCUGGCAUUUUUACUCUCUUUCAUGGUACUUAUGGAUGUGCCAUAGGACUGACUGAUUCCUGCAUCUGUGUAUGUAUUGAAUAAGGAUGUCCAUCACUGCAACACUGUAUCUGAUUUGGGUAAAGAUAAACACUCCAUUGUGUAACAUCAUUCUCCACUCUGUUACUUCACUGAAUUAGCUAUACAGUGUGUCGUGUUAUUUAUUGCCAGUCAUAUUUUUUUUAAUUUGUUGAUAUCAAUGGGAUUUUUUAACUUGCAUUUUUAUUUUCUGUCCUGUUUUAUUUGCCCUUCUGUCUAUAAAUAUGAUUGUAAAAGACAUAAACCAGUUUCCAUACCAGUAUUUAACAAUGUUAUUGUUCUGUGUAGUGAAGCAUAUCAGUAAAAACAUCUGGAACAUACAAUUACAA